AUGUAUGGGGUGUUCCCAUCCUACAAAACCAUCAAACAACUCCUACAAGACUCCGAAAAAGGUGAUGUGGAGGCGAAAGCACAACUGAAUGUAUUAUGCAAAUCGAUCGAGACCUGUGAACAACAGGAAAAAGGCCAGCUCUCGACUUGGGCAGAAGUAAUAGGAAAGAUCAAUGAGCACACAGAGAAAUCAUUUGUCGGGAAGGAAGAGUGCAUUGGGGACAUUUCACCUGUGUAUGUGAUGCUAUUAAGCACAUAUCGAGCAGAAUCAUGGUUGCUGUGGAAGAAGAAAGAUAAAGACAUUCAAAGUAAUGAAAUCUUGAGGUACCUUGACAGCAUCGUGGCACACAUGGCCCUACACCUGACACUGGAGCAAGGAGCUGAGUGGGUGCUGGAGCCACUACCUGGAGGAUGGCUUAUGAUAUGCCGUUGGUUCGAGCCACUCCUCGAUCAUUUUCGUACCUUUGGAGGAAGAAUGCAUGUCAUGGAUGACUGUUCCAUGGUGAUGCUGUUGAACAUCAGCAAGGACAACCACAUCACACCACCUGAAGCUGAUAUCGCAGUAGUAAAAAUCAUAUGGACUUACAGACAAUCGUUCAUCAUGAGGCUAAAUAACACCAUGUUGAAACAUGCACGUCAAAGCCCAGGACAACCUCAUGACAAAGAUGUGUUUAAUGUAGCUGUAACAAACAUGCAUGAAACAGAGAAGCUCAUCUGCCAAGCCCUGUUGAACUUAGUGUCAAAGAGAAAGCAGAAGAACGUAGUAAAUCUGAAUAACUUAGCUAGUGAAACAAACACCCUCACCAGAACUAUGGGCCUACACGUCACUACUUGGAAUUGGCCUUCUCCGUCCAUCAAAAACCAAGUGUGA